CCGUGGACGCCAUCAGACGGGCAGCAGAGGCGGGCAGGCUGUGCUCACGGCUGCUCGGCGGGGCCCACGGGUGGCGCAGCUGUGAGCUGGCUGGCUUGUGUCCGCACAGCCGCUGCGGCUUCUCGCUGCUGGGCCGACUGGGGACGCUGGUCCCCACAGGCUCGGGCUGAUGUGACAUUCAUGCACCCUGGGGGUGGAACCGCAGAGCUUUCACCCGGUGCUUAGGUGGCCUCCAGGCUGUCCCUACCCCAGCCCCCGGCAGGUGUACUGGGCCUGGCCACGCACACGUGGCUUCCGUUUCCCUCGCCAGCAUCUGAUUGGUGCUGUUGAGUUUCUGCCCAUCUGAUCGCAGCGAACAGCCGGUGUGCUGCUGGAUUGUGUUUCUCUGCUCUCCGUGUGGUCCGCGGGGCCUGGCUGUCACCUGGCUGUCUCUGUGCUCGCAGGCCAGCCUCCGUGUCCUCCUCCGGGGCUGUCUGCCUUCUGGUUGCCCUUUGGGGUCACGUGUUUCUCCUAGUCUGGGCUGGUCUCCCCCGCUUUGUAAGCUUUAGUCUGGCCAGAUGGUCCACGGUUCAUGCUGUGAGGUCGCCUGACAUGGCCCCCCCUCCGCCGCAGACUUAGGAAGUGCCUUGGGGAGGGGACGGGUCCUGCUCUGCACCCGCAGGCCUGUCAUUCCUUUGCAUCCAGGCUGCCUGGCUGAGUCCUGCUGCCGCAGCCCCCACGGAAAGCCCCCGCCCGGGACCACUGACCGCCAUCCUCACGGGGCUGACACCACCUGGUGCCCUCCUCAGUGAAGGUCCCCGUGUCAUUCCCGCCCUCGCCUCAGGCGGUUCUCCAUGCGCGUACAGGCUCCGCCUGGCAUCAGCUCUGGUGUUUCCUCCCGGAGUUUGGGUAGGCCGUGGCUCUGCCCUGCCCCCUUCGUCCCCCUCCUCAGAACCCGCUGGUCUCCAUCCUGGUGCCCCAUCCUCCCUGCCUUCCCACGGCUGCUGUGGGGCCCGGCCGAGCCGGCCCGAUCCGAGAAGGAGCAGCCCGGAAGCCACCUGGAUCUAGGUCUGGGCACGGUUUCCACGCUUUCCCCGUCAGCCUGGACCAGACCCUAGCGGGAUGGGAAUGCGUCCAGGCGACGCUAGGCUCGGGCCGGGACGAGGCUGACCUCGUGCCAGGGCCGGGCCACGUGACAGCUGCCGUCUGCCCUGGGGACCUCGUGGGUGCCCUCUCCUCCAGGAACUUCCCCGUGUGACAUGGGUCAGCCGUUUGCCAGGCCUGAGGGGAAGCCGAGUGGGGCUGCGGGGCGGGGCUGGGGGUCGUUAGGAGACAUCGUAAGUGAGGGCCGUUUGAUGUUCUUGGAGACUGUAAACACGGUUCCAGACCCCCCUGCAGCUGGGACCCUGUGGCUCUUGGUGACCAAGUGCAGGUUCAUCUUUCCCCUGGGGCCCACCUGCACCGAGUGUCCCAGAAUGUCCUGGGGCUUUUGUGCACGGUGUCUCGGGGGCCACGGCCUGGGGGUCAUCCUCAGCUUCCCAUGGCCAUGUGGGUUUAAGAGGCCACCAGCCAGGGAAGUUCUGUCACGGGCCCCUGUGUCUCAGAGCUGGGUCUCCCGACGGCCUUCCUUGGGCCCUGAGGCUUGUCCCAUGCACGAGGGCAGAAACAGGUCUCCACACUCGGCCCGGGACCAUCUGUGGCCAGCCGGGCCCAUCACGCAGCAUCCCCUGGGCGGGCAGGCGCCGGGGCCGCAGAACUCCCCGGCUGAACCAUCUGAAGCGCUGGGUCCACGUGGCGUCCCAGAGCCUGGUCACCAACGAGAUCACGCCGGUGCUGUCCUACUCCUACCUGGCGGUGCUGGUGCCCGUCUUCCUGCUCACCGACUACCUGCGCUACAAGCCGGUGCUGGUGCUGCAGGGCCUGAGCUACAUCUCCGUGUGGCUGCUGCUGCUGCUGGGCGACUCCGUGCUGCACAUGCAGUUCAUGGAGCUCUUCUACAGCCUCACCAUGGCCGCCCGCAUCGCCUACUCCUCCUACGUCUUCUCGCUCGUGUGCCCGGCCCGCUACCAGCGCAUGGCCGGCUACUCGCGCACGGCCGUGCUGCUGGGCGUCUUCGCCAGCUCCGUGCUGGGCCAGCUGCUGGUCACCGUGGGCCGGGUCCCCUUCUCCACGGUCAACUACAUCUCCCUGGGCUUCCUCACCUUCAGCCUGGUCCUCGCCCUCUUCCUGAAGCGCCCCAAGCGCAGCCUCUUCUUCAACCGCGCCGCCCCCGCGCGCCACGGGGCCUCGCCUUCCGAGCUGGACCGCAUGAACCCGGCCCCCUCCCAGCCCGCGGACGCCAAGCCGGGCCGGGCGCUGCUGGGGGCCUGGCGGGACUGGACCCUGGUGCGCAUGCUCCGGGAGCUGGGGGACCACCUGCGGCUGCCGCAGCUGCGCCUCUGGUCCCUCUGGUGGGUCUUCAACUCGGCCGCCUACUACCUGAUCGUCUACUACGUGCACAUCCUGUGGAACGUGGUCCACCCCACCACGGACGCCUCCUCUGUCUACAACGGGGGGGCGGAUGCCGCGUCCACCCUGCUCGGUGCCAUCACCUCCUUCUCCGCGGGCUUCGUGAAGAUCCGCUGGGCGCUGUGGGCGAAGCUGGUCAUCGCGGGCGUGACGGCGGUGCAGGCUGCGUUGGUCUUCCUCAUGUACAGCACGAGCAACAUCUGGCUGUGCUACGUGGCCUUUGUGCUCUUCCGUGGCGCCUACCAGUUCCUGGUGCCCAUCGCCACAGCUCUGUGCCCUGGUGUUCGGAGUCAACACAUUCUUCGCCACCGUCCUCAAGACCAUCGUCAUCCUCAUCGUUGCCGACAAGCGGUGUCUGGGCCUCCCGGUGCGCUCGCAGUUCCUCGUCUACUUUGUGUACUUCCUAGUGCUGUUCAUUGUCUACCUCUCGGCGGCCAUGCUGGUGAUCCUGCGGCACCUCCGGGAAGGCCGCCACCCACCCCCAGCCCUGCCCCCGCCCCAGGAGGAGAAGGCCGAGCAGGUGCUGAGCCUGCAGGACAGAGGCCUCAGUGGCCCGAAGCCGGAAGCCCCCCCGCCGGCCCUGGAGGACAGCGUGUGGACGGCAGGGUUGGCCUCUCGGGAACAGAACCAGCAGCCCGAGGCCAAAGCCUGACCCAGGCCGGCCUAGCGGGAGGCCAGGCUCCUCUGGCACCGGAGGCAGCCCGUGCACCGUGCUCCACGUCAUGGGGCCUUGAUGUCUCAGAAGGGAUGUCUCUUCGCAGCUGGCCCAGGACCCGGGUUCCGGCACGGUCCACAUUCCAGUGUUCGCAUUGUGGAGCCAGGGACUGACGGGGACCCUAGGUGGGAUAUCCCUGUGACCCACACCCCAAGGGCUUGUCUGGCGAUGGCCCUGAGUACUGGUUCUCGUCCCCAUCCCGCUGCCUGCUGGGGCACUGCGGGCUGGCUUGCUGUCCCCGUGGCGGGGAGGGGGGUCUCAUGUGCCCACCAGGCCACUCUGCCUUCACCCCGCCCCCCACAAGAGGCAGGUCCUGCUUGUUCCUGGGGACCAGUGAGGGGGUCAAGAUGCCAGCCUCAGGGACUCAGUCCCCCACAGGGUAUCCUGUGCCCUGCAGGGCCAGGCCGGGAUCCCUGAUUCCCAUAGCCUGUGGCUAAACUUGGUAAGGCCAGUUGUCCAGGUACUUGCUUUAGACUAUGUCCCUUUCCUAAAGAAAGUUGACCCAAAUGAGAAGCCUCAGUGGGCUUCUCUUUCCGGGCGAGACGCCAGGCAUUGGCCGCUGGCAGACAUUUGCCCGUCAGGUGGAAGCAGGGAUGCAGGGGCCCUGGAGCCACGCUUCUCCCCCAGCGGGCUAACCCUGACCUACCUCACUGGUGACUGCGGACCACUUGGGGUCACUCGCCCACGUGCCGGCCCACACGGGACCCACCCUGAGCACACCACCUCAGAUGCAAGACCGUCGGCUCUCCCCAAAAUCAAACCCCAAGCCCCACACGUGGAGGGGCUCCUGGUCUUGUACUAACCUGGCGUGGGUGGGGGCGGCUGGUCAGGAGGCCAAGAAGAGGGCCCCGGCCCCAGGCAGGAACCCAAACCAGGCCCCCACGGCCUCGAGCUGAGCACAGCCCCCUCCUACAGCCCUGUCUUGAGAAGCGCCCACGCCCUGCGGGAAGGGAAGGCCAGCUGCUCGGAGCCAGCUUGGUGCAGAGAGGUUGGAGCAGCCCUCCUGGAGAGGAGCUGCCUGCAUCCAGGGAUCCCUGAGGUCCGCUUGUCGGGGGCAGGGUGUCUCAGGAGGCUGCCCUGAGGCUGCAGGAGGAUGCUGGGGGGCGGGGCAUCCACAGGGGGCCUCCCCGCUGACUCCCCACCCCACCCACCCCAUGCCCCAGGGACCCCGCGGGGAGGGGCAGUGCUCUUCCCCUUCCAUGCUCAGGGAUCCUGCGGGACUUGGCGGGUGGAGGGCGGUGCCUCUCCCCUCUGGUCACUGACCUCAUGAUGCAGGCCCUUUGCUCUUGCCCCCACCCUGACCUGCGAAUGCUCCCAUCGGUGGGUGGCCCAGCCACCUGGCCCCAUGGUGGGUUCCGCGUGCUGCAGCAGCUCUGGGGAGAACAUGGGUGCUGGGUCUACACCCCGGCUUGCCUGUGCGGACUGCCGGCCGUCCCCAGGGACGCUCCGGAGACAAGGUUUAGGGCACCAGCAUCCCCGUGCACGUGUGUGCAUCUGACAUCCGUGUACAUCUAGCCACGCCCACCUGUGCCCCUUCAGCGGGACCCAACAGCAGGACAAAGACCCCCACGCUCUGUCUCACGAUAACGAAGGCUGCUUCCAAACCGAGUGUCCGUGCAAAACGCUGUUUUUAUUUGGAGCCUGUUUGGAAACCACAUUACACAGCAGGACCGGCUGCCGUGGUUUACAGGGCAGUGUUGAGACAGCAGACCUGAGGCGCUUGGCUCCGUGCCCACGACCCAGCACAGCCACCAGGGGGGAGGGACCCUGGGGGUGCCCCCAGAAUGCCCCCUUCAGAGUGCUUUGUCUACACGGCCUCGGGUCCCAGAGCUCGGCAAGGCCGGUCUCAGGUGAGCCGUGUCCUGGCUGAGGACAGGUGUCGCGAUCCUGUUUGCCCCUGUGCCUUGUUUUAAGUAAGCUUCGUGCCCAGUGUGGAGCCCAACAUGGGGCUUGAACCCACAAACCAUGAGAUCAUGAUCUGAGCUGAGAUUGAGUCGGACACUUAACCAACCGAGCCACGCAUGCACCCCUUUCCUCUGUGGUUUUUUGAACUCUGUGUCCCAUGAAGAUAAACCUGGGGCCCUGGACUCAGCAGGCAGUUCUGGCCGGGCACCUGGGAGCGGGAGUAGGUUUGGGCCCAGUUGGGUUCCGGGAUGUGCUCCUGGGCAAGGCUAGGGAAGCCUCUGCUCUGGGAAUCCUUGCCUCAGCAAAGGGGUUUUGGAUCUGGGCGGGGCCCGGGGACAGGACACUGCCAUCCCUGGGUUGUGGGCCCCUCAACUCCUAGCCUGGGGGCGUCUGGCUGGCUCAGUCCGUAGAGCUCUUGAUGUCAGGGUUGUGAGUUUGAGCCCCACGCUGGGGGUAGAGAUUAAAAAUCUCCCCGCAGGGC